AUGAACCUGCGCAACAGCCCUAUUGCCUACGCCGCAUUUUCCCAGUACGCAGACUGCGGCCUGAGCACAGAUUAUGGGCUGACCAAUUCGCAGUACUGUUGCAACGCGACUUUGGUGGAACUACUAGUCUGUGCAAAGACGUAUUGUGAGAGUUCCAGCCCAUUUGCGUCGUUCGUCGAGUCCGCGAACUUUUUCCUGAAUGACACGCAGGUGCAAACAAUCGAAUCUAACCUGGAAGAGAAAUGCGGCAUCAAGUGGACCGAGAUAGAAGAAGUGGGAAGUCUAGAAAUCACUCUCUAUGGAGCACUAGCGGCAACCGCCACCACACCGUAUGUGGGAAGGACAACUGCAAGUUCGUC